GUCCACAGAUAAUGGUGCUCAUGAAACAAAGGGAUGUCAUAGGACACCACUGGCACCCUCUCGGGCGUCCAAUUAGUAAAUUAAGAGGGUGUUGUGAGUUGUCAGUCCUGCCAGUCACACACCACUUCGGCACACGAUGUUGCUGGACAGCGGGCACGAGGUGACGCUUCUGGAGGGGGAGGAGCUGGCACAGCAGGAGCAGGACUUCACAGGCCAUAAAGAUAUGGGUCUGAUUCGCUUGAUCCCCGGCAGGUGGCUCUUUCCUAAGAAGUUCACCAAAUAUGCUAAUGGCCUUUACAACUUCAAGUGGCGGAACAGUGACGUGGUGCUGAUGACGUACCCCAAGUGUGGCACCACCUGGACGCAGGAGAUCAUCUGGACCAUGAGGAACAACACCACUUUCGACCAUCCCCACGCCAAUGAGCCCCUCAUGGACCGAGCUCCCUUCAUUGAAUCUGACAUGUACUACCCAGACGGCCUGACUCGUGACAGCCCAAUGAUGAAAGAGACGCCAUCAUUUUUGCGCCACUGUCCAGAUGCUGACCCCAACGAUGGAGUGUACUUACAAAUGUCAGCAGCCAUACCUGACCCCCGCACCAUCAAGACACACCUGCCCUUCUCUCUGCUCCAUCCUUCAAUGCUGGACACAGUUAAGGUGGUGUACGUGGCCAGGAACCCCAAGGAUGUGUUGCUCUCCUACUGCCAUCACUCACGCCUCUUCUUUGACGACGGCUUUCAAGGCACCGUGGAGGAUUUCUACAAAUAUUUCAUUAGUGGAGACUUACUGUGGGGUGGCUACGACGAGCAUGUAAAGGAGGCGUGGGAGAGACGCACCCACCCAAACCUUCACUUUGUGUUCUACGAGGACAUGAAGGCCGACAUGAUGAAGGAGUUACGCAGACUGAAUGACUUCCUGGACACCCAGCUGACGGAGGAGCAGCUGAAGAAGGUGGCAGACUACACCUCCUUCGAGAGCAUGAAGGUACGAGGUGAUGAGCAAAUGAAGGAAUAUUACGACAAAGACGUAUGGAAGAAAGACGGAGGAUUCUUCAGAAAGGGGAAGAGCGGUGACUGGAAGAAGAGCCUCACUCCAGAACUUGUUGCUGAGAUGGACUCGUGGACUGCCAAACGCUUUAACUUUGGCGUCACCUUUAAGUAAUCGGAGGGAUACUCAGACCACACUGAUGACCUGCUGAGUCGCCGUCCGUGGUCUCAUGCACAAAGGAAUGGAGGGAACAGCCUGCCGGCUAGGCCCUACAUUACGCCUUGCAGCACAUCGUCGGAGCUAAUCGAUGACAUAUAGCACCUUGAAACGACUUAACUUGAAUGAAACAAUGAGGAGUUUGAGGAUACAACCGGCGAACAGAAACCCCAGAGCAGCAGAGGAGUUUGAGGAUACAAUUGGCCCAGGAACCCCCGAACAACAGAGUAGUGUGAGGAUACAAGUGGCCAACAGAAACCCCCAGAGCAUAAAGGAGUUUGAGGAUACAACUGGCCUAAAGGAGCCCACAAGAACAACAGUGGUGGGAGGCAGGCCAAUCAAGACACCUCCACAUCCGAAAUUGACCUCUCUUUUGGCUACUCUUCACUACUCUCUUUUAUAGGAGCAGUGCUUAAAAUUAGCGUUUUUUUUCUCUCGUUUUUUGGGGGUUCAUAUAUUCCUGACCUUGAGCUGCUUCCUUUACUGUAAAAAAAAAAGUACAGUUGCAGGGAGAUCUCCGGCGUGGGAGUCUGCAUGGAAGGCGUGAGCUGACACGAUUAAGUUUAGUUGAAAGCUGAUCAGAGAGGCCUGGUUUUAGUUUGUGAUAUUUCUACAAGUUCUGCACUGAGUAGAACACAAAACCUUUCAGUAAAUACCAUAUCAUCCCUGUCAACUAAAAUGUAAUAAAAGUCUGCUGCAGAAUGUUUA